AUGGCCAAACUAUCUCCCAUCAUAAAAGAUAUACACGAGAGCAAAGACCUACAGUUAGUCUUGAUAGACAUGCUGAACGGCUUAGCUAGACGACAUGAUGUUACUUGCGUCGCUGUCAUAUGUGAUACUGUAUAUUUGAAUGUGUUCGAAGGAGCCAUGUUUAAGAGAAUACGGUCUGUCCCUAUGGUUAUGACAGUAGUGGAGGAAUAUGAAGACCUAUUGUCGCCUAACUUUGACACUUUGGAGUCCUUGCGAGAAGCAAGAAGAGAUGGGUGCAAUUUUUAUAUCAUACUUUUGGCCAAUGGUCUUCAGGUCAGCAGGCUAUUGCGAUUUGGUGACAGAUAUAGAAUUCUCGACACCAGAGCUAAAUACGUGAUGCUUCAUGACUACAGACUCUUCCAUAGUGACCUUCACUACCUUUGGAAACGCAUCGUCAACGUUAUCUUCCUCCGAUACCACAGCAAAAUCACCGGAGUCCUUAAAAGCAAAGCCUGGUUCGACCUGUCCACUGUUCCAUUUCCAAACCCUAUCAAAACCGUUUUUGUUUCUCGACGAGUCGAUAUUUGGAAGAACGGCAGGUUUCAUUAUAACAGAACUCUAUUUGCUGAUAAGACUAGCAACUUGAACGGGGAGGCUCUGAACGUGGUCUAUUUGGACCAUGUGCCCUCGGUCGUUAUAACGAAAAUGAAUGAGUCCAACAAAGUCAGUGGCGUCGAGAUUGAAAUUCUCAACACCCUAUCCCAGCAAAUGAAGUUCAAACCCAAACUUUACCAGCCCAGCAACAUUGAGUUUCACAAAUGGGGUGAAAAGCAAUCUAACGGCUCAUUCUCUGGCCUUCUCGGUGAAAUGGUUAACGGGAAAGCUGACAUGGCCCUGGGUAACCUGCAGUACAAUCCUUACCAUUUGGAGCUGACCGACUUGAGUAUACCGUACACAUCGCAAUGUUGGACCUUUUUGACACCAGAGGCGCUGACGGAUAACUCUUGGAAGACGCUUAUUUUGCCUUUCAAAUUGUACAUGUGGAUAGCGGUACUUUUAGUUCUGUUGAUAACUGGGAUCAUUUUCUACGGUCUCGCUAAAUACUACAUGAACCUACAAGAACUUAAAAAAGAGAAACAAUUCGUCAAGUCCAAUAAAAAUGUGCAAAAGCAGGAAGACGACCUUGACGAGAAACCCGUCGGGCUGUACUUGUUUGGUGAAAUAAUUAACAGCAUCCUAUAUACAUACGGAAUGUUACUCGUCGUGUCCCUCCCGAAGCUGCCCACGGGAUGGUCCAUCAGACUCCUGACUGGAUGGUACUGGUUAUACUGCAUCCUUCUUGUAGUCUCAUACAGGGCCAGUAUGACAGCCAUCUUAGCUAACCCAGCUCCUAGGGUGACCAUAGACACGAUAAAAGAAUUAGUGGACAGCAAAGUUACGUGCGGUGGUUGGGGUUUAGAAACGAAGAAAUUCUUCGAGAAAUCAUCAGACGAAACUCAAAAAAUUGGAGAGAGAUUCGAAAUAGUCGAAGAUCCGUUCGAAGCAGCGAAUAAAAUAGCUAAAGGCACCUACGCUUAUUACGACAAUAAGGAUUUCCUCAAAUAUUUGAGUGUAAAAAGGAGGAAUUCUCUGAUGAAUUUGGACAAAGCUGUUAAUGUUACCAGCAAUGAGACUGAAACUGUUAGUACUGAUAUUGAGAGAAACUUACACAUCAUGGCUGAUUGUGUAGUAAAUAUACCAAUUUCUAUAGGGUUCCACAAGAAUUCACCAUUGAAGCCCUUAGCUGAUAUUUAUUUAGCAAGAAUUGUUGAAGUAGGUCUCGUGGAGAAAUGGCUGAAUGAUGCUAUGCACCCUAUAAGAGUUCUGGAAACAAAUGAAAAUGAAAUCAAAGCCUUAAUGAAUCUGAAAAAACUUUAUGGAGCAUUCAUAGCCCUAGCUAUUGGAUAUUUUCUUAGUCUAGUUAGUCUUAUUGGUGAACUGAUACAUUGGCAUUGUUUUGUAAAAAAGGAUCCACAAUUUGACAAAUACGCUUUGGAUGUCUACUAUUCAGCUAAAAAUAAAAAACAAUAUUAA